AUGGGCUCCAACAAAGCCAAAGACAUGCUCAAGUCGUACGACUUUAUCGUGUGCGGAGGAGGCACCUCUGGCUGUGUUAUAGCCGGCCGGCUCGCCGAGGACCCCAACACGACCGUCCUGGUGCUCGAGGCCGGCCAAGACAACGAGAACCUGGAAACCGUGCACAUGGCCGGAGGCUGGAGCCAAAACUUCGACAAGGAAACAGAUUGGAACAUCGUCUCGGAGCCGGGCGCCGGCAUCAACAACAGACGAGUCAAUUUGAGCAGGGGCAGAUUCCUCGGUGGCUCCUCGGGCUGCAACGGAACCCUUUGCGUUCGAGGCAGCAAGCAGGAUUACGAUGACUGGGGCUUGCCCGGCUGGAGCGGGGAGGAGUUCUUUCAGUAUAUGAACAAGGCCGAGUCGUUCACCAGCAAGCCAUGGUUCCAGGCGUCCAAACAGUCGCACGGAUACAGCGGGCAUCUCCACACCGAACCCUUCGACCUCGGCCCCAUCUCGGAGCUCCUGCGCAGGUCCAUGGAAUCAAAGGGCCUGCCGUUUGACGCUGACAUGUUUUCGCACGGCGAGAACCCCCACGGAUGCGGCCACGUCCCGAGAACCGUCCACGCCGGGGUCCGGACGACGGGUGCCGACUUCAUCACCAAGAAGAACAAAAGGGCCAACGUCACGACCGUAACCGGCGCCCACGUCGACAGGGUCUUGGUUGAGAAACAGGACGACGGCAGUCUCAGGGCUGUCGGUGUCACGGCUGUCCUGGCCGACGGCACUGGCUUGGAGGUCAAGGCGAACAAAGAGGUCAUUGUCAGUGGCGGCACGUACUGCAGCCCGAAUAUUCUGAACCGCUCCGGCAUUGGCGCCAAGGAGGAGCUGGAGAAGCACGGCAUUACCACCAUUGUGGACUUGCCGGGCGUUGGGAAGAACCUGAUGGACCACCUGAUCGUCUUCCUCAUGUACGAGACGGACAAGCCUGGUCUGACGCUUGAUCACCUGCUGUUCCACGAGGGUGCGUAUGAAAAGUCUCACAAGCUCUGGCAGGACGAAAAGAAGGGGGCCCUCGCCAACAUACCGUUUGGCAUCUUCGCCUUUGCGCGGCUGGAUUCUCGGAUGGCCGACUCGCAGCUCUGGAAUGCGGCUCCCCGGAAACCCGGCCGCGACCCCAUGGGCUUGACGCCGACACAGCCCAACAUCGAGUUGAUGACGGCCGAGAGCUUUUUCGCCCCCAAGCAGUACAAUGUGCUGCCGACUGGUGGGCAGCAUGUCUUUUGCAUCGUCCCCGAGCUGUUUGGCGCACAGUCUCGCGGCUCCGUGUGGCUGAGGAGCGCUGAUGCGACAGCGUUGCCCGUCGUCGACUGCGGCUACAUGAGCGACCCGCUCGACCUCGAGGUCAUGGCCGAGGCGUGCCGUCUUGCCAACGAGAUUGUCGUGGACGGGGCGGGGACAAAGGAUAUUGUCAAGGGCUCGUGGCCGCCCGAGGCGUCGCACCAUGAGCUCUCGACGAGGGAGGACUGGAUGUCGCACGUCAAGGAGCACGCAACGACAUGCUAUCACGCGUCGGGCACCUGCGCCAUGGGCAAGGAAUCCGAUGAGAGUGCCGUCGUCGACGAGAAUCUGUGCGUCAAGGGUGUCAAAGGGCUUCGGGUCGCGGACUGCAGCAUCAUGCCCAUCCUGCACGGCGGCCACAGCCAGAUGCCGGCGUAUGGAAUUGGAGAGAAGGCUGCGGACCUGAUCAAGGCCACAUGGGGCCUGAAGUCGGCCACGUGA